AUGGCUCCUUCCAGUGAAAAGAGUGCUGGCGAGAGCGAGAGCAAACACGUCCAAGAGAAUGUCGAGUUUGCCAGGCAGACAUCCACCGAUGAAGAAUCUCAUCGGGAGCUUCCCAUGUCGAAGAGGAAGCUCAUGGCCCUCGUCGCGCAAGCAUUCCUCUGGACUGGCUCUCAGAUUCCUGUCUACCUGCUCGGUGCCGUCCCGCCGUACAUUUACCGUGACAUUGGCGGCCAUGACCGUUGGAUCUGGUUGGUGCUCGCCAAUUUGCUCUCGCUGGCCGCAGUCUGCCCCUUCGUGGGGUCGCUCUCAGACCUGUUCGGCCGCCGAUACGUCGCGAUCUCAGGCGCCGCCUUUAUUGUUCUUGGAAUGAUCAUCGUAUCUACUGCACAGACGAUGAAUAUUGUGAUCGGAGGGAUGACCUUCGCUGGAAUUGGCGCUGGAAUCAACGAAUUGACUGCCCUUGCCGCCACCUCAGAGCUUGCACCCACUGCAAAGCGCGGCAAAUACGUCGGCAUCUUGGUCUUCACCAUCGUACCGUUCUGUCCUUCGGUAUUGUAUGGCCAGCUCAUCGCCUAUUACUCGUCUUGGAGAUGGAUUGGUUUUCUUUGUGCGGUGUGGGCAUUCAUCGGCUUAGUUCUUACUGCAGUCUUCUACUUCCCACCUGCCCCGGCCAACCUAAAUGCUACAACUCGCCGCGAGAUAUUGAGACAGAUCGAUGUUGUUGGGGGCCUAUUGAGUAUAUCUGGAAUGAUUCUGUUCAUGGCUGGAUUGCAGUGGGGCGGUUACAUCUACCCGUGGACAUCCGUUCACGUUCUUGUACCUCUUCUACUUGGCGUGGCCCUUCUCAUUGGCUUUGUCAUCUGGGAAGGCUGGUUUGCGAAGUAUCCGAUGUUCCCUCGAAGAAUCAACCAGGCGCCAAGAAUCCUCACGCUUACGUUGAUAAUCACGGCUAUCUCGGGGGCCAAUUUCUUCAGCAUUUUGAUGUUUUGGCCCACGCAGUCAUUCAACGUAUACGGCCAUGACCCGAUCGACGUCGGCAUUCGAGGUAUCCCGGUCGGCUUCGCAAUUAUGACCGGUGCCGUUGUCGUCCUGGUGCUUCUAUCGGUCUUCCGGGGUGCCAACAGGAUGUUGAUGGUCAUCUCGUCUAUCUUGAUGACCGCUGGUUGCGGCGCCAUGGCUAUCGGACGUGUUGAUAACAUGUACCAGCUUUGGGGGAUCCUCGUGCUCGCAGGUCUGGGUAUUGGAGGUAUCGUGGUGCCGGCCUCAAUCAUUACCAUGAUUAUCUGCCCUGACGAUCUGAUUGCAACCGUUGCCGCAUUGACCCUCAGCAUUCGUGUCAUCGGAGGCAGUAUCGGGUACUGCAUCUAUUACAACAUCUUCAUCAACAAGUUCACACCCAAAGCUAUAGAAUAUAUUGGCGGAACAAUGGUUGUGGGAGGUAUCACGGACAAGCAAACCAUUGGGGAAGUCAUUGCUCUGACCGGGGCGGCUCUGCUCGAACAAAUCAAGACGAUCCCGGGAAUUGCAGGCAAUGACGUGUUGUACACUGCCAUCGUGAAUGCAGGUCAGAUCGCGUAUGCCGAGUCAUACGCCUACGUUUACUAUGCCAGCAUCGCUUUCGGGGCUAUAUCUAUCGUAGCAGCGGCUUUCCUUGGUGAUAUAAAUGCAUACAUGACGGAUAAGGUCGCUGUUGUCAUGUAA